UUAAUUCCUCCCCUCUAAUUUUUUUGACUUUGUUUUUAUAUAUCUGCAAUUUGUUGGUGCAUGGUUCUUACAAGUAGUGCCGCAUGAACUAAUUAAUGUUUAAUUAAACGUUAAUAUAUUUUUGAAUUAAGGUUUAGAACCUCAAUUGGUAGUAGUAUCUAUGAAAUCCACCUAGCUCUUGUUUUUUUGUUUUUUUGUUUUUGCAAUUGAUCUGAUAAUUUGCAGCGAAUUACAGUGUCAAAAUUUCAAGGAACCGGGCGUACCGGAGCUGCUGUCGGCGAUGGCUGCCGGCUGGAAUUCGAAGCUGAUCGUGGAGACUUGGUCACACGGUGGCCCGAUAGCAACAAGUGUUGGUCUCGCAGUGGCUGCCAGUCACACUAGUGGCAGACAUGUGUGCAUUGUCCCCGAUGAACAGUCGAGAUCGGGAUACAUCCAGGCCAUGAGAGAGCUGGCAGGAAUCUCGCCCAUGAAUGUGGUGGUUGGAGACGGGGGAGAGUUGGUGGCGGCGAUUUCAGGCGUCGAUUUCCUGGUGGUGGAUUCAAAGUUCGAUGAUUUCGCCAGUGUUUUGAGGCGCGCGAGGUUGAGUGACGGCGGAGCGGUUUUGGCAUGCAAAAAUGCAUGCAACAGGAGAUGUACUGGGUUUCGGUGGAAUUGGGUGCUUCAUAGAGGGACGCGUGUCGCGAGAUCGGUGUUCUUGCCCGUGGGGAAAGGAUUAGAUAUUGCUCAUGUGGACGCUAAUGGUGGGGAUUCGAUUGCCAAGAAGGGGCCUGGCCGUUGGAUAAGGCACAUCGACCGAAGAUCGGGAGAGGAGCAUAUCUUUCGCGUUUAAGGCAUUCUUUUUUUUCUUUUUCUUUUUUUUCUUUUUUGAGGAAAUGGAAAUUUAUAUAGUAUUUCAUAAUUAUUUACAAAGACUAUCCUGUAAAAGUAAGGAGAACAGAACAUUAGGAGGUCUAUGUGCCCAAAAAAAGGGGCGUUGCCCUUUAAGUGACUGUUUAGCCACCCAAUCUGUAACCUUGUUAUCCUUUCUCGGAAGGUUAAAUGUUUAAUUUGGUCCUUCAACUUUAUGAAAUGAAUAUUUUUGGUCCUU